AUGGGGAAACUUCCAUCGGACAAGCAACUCGAAAACUACAAGGCCAAUAAUCCGGUGAGUCUCUCAAUCUUGGCAUAAUUCCAUAAAUAGAGUGUGUUAUUCAUGACAAAUUUGAUUGCAGCGGCCGCCGGUGCUGACGACGUCGAACGGAGCUCCGAUUUACUCGAAGACGGCGGUUCUGACGGCCGGACGUCGAGGUCCGAUGCUGAUGCAGGACGUCGUCUACAUGGACGAAAUGGCCCACUUCGACCGCGAACGUAUUCCGGAACGCGUCGUCCACGCCAAAGGCGCUGGUAGGUUAUAACCGACUCACGGCUAGCUUGAGAGGGAAAGGAAAAAACCUGUCUGCCCUCUCACCAACCAGGCGCUCUUUUCUUUUUUUUUUUCAUCGUGUCAGAACCCUUUUUUCGAUGUCUUUAGCCAGCCGUAUCAAAAAAACGUUAAGUAUAUCCUUGAUUUUGCUCAUGACAAAUUCUUUUGAAAUCCUCCGAAGAAUUUUUUACGGUAUUUCUUAUACAUUUCAUCAUUCCCAAUUUUUUGACGUUUCCUUUUGGGAAAUUAGAGUAGCCAGCUGAUAUGGUACCUUUCCAGGAGCUCACGGCUACUUUGAGGUGACUCAUGACAUCUCGAAGUACUGCAAGGCGGACCUCUUCAGCAAAGUUGGCAAACAGACUCCGCUGCUCAUCCGCUUUUCGACCGUCGGUCAGUUCUAUUCCGACACAUGAACGUGCCAUUUCUGGCACGUAAACAUCCUUCUGAUAAAACUACAUCGUAGUGCUGAACGAAAAUGGCCGGUGAUAAGCAAGAUGAAUAUACGAGCUGACGGUGAACAGAAAUUUCUAAACUAGCGAUAAUUUCUUGAAACAUUGAAAUAAAUACCCUACGAUCAUGGGAUUUUAUAAAAAUUCAACAAAGUCAAUAGAAUACAUGCAUUUUCAAGAUGAAAAAAGCAAUCUGUCGCAGUGAAGAAACAAGAUUGAAACGUAAUCAAUUUUAUUCAAAUGACCUCAGACGAAGUCACAUUUAUUAUUUUAAAUGUCGAGCAAAUUAUUCGAUAGCGAUCAGAGGAAAUGAAGUUUUUUUGAAAGUUCAAAAAAAUAAGAAAGUUGAAAAACAUUAACGAAUUUUUUUCAUCUAUAUAAUAAAUAUUAAUAUCUAGAGUUUUGAAAAAGUGAACUUUUGUUUUCCAGCUCAUUAUGGUAACUACCUUAAUCGAAACAAGUUUGUUAAAAGUGAAAAUGAUAGGUGGAGAAUCUGGAUCUGCCGACACAGCUCGCGAUCCACGAGGAUUCGCAGUCAAGUUUUACACGGAAGAAGGCAACUGGGAUCUGGUGAGUCUGAAUUCCAGGGAGAUGAGUGCAGAAGAGUUGAGGUUGGCAACAACACGCCGAUCUUCUUCAUCCGUGAUCCGAUCCACUUCCCGAACUUCAUCCACACGCAGAAACGCAAUCCUGCGACGCAUCUCAAGGACCCCAACAUGAUCUUCGACUUUUGGCUGCAUCGGCCCGAGGCCAUGCAUCAGAUCAUGUUUCUCUUCUCCGACCGAGGCACGCCCGACGGCUACCGCUUCAUGAACGGCUACGGGUCUCACACCUUCAAAAUGGUCAACAAGGACGGCAAACCCGUCUACGUCAAGUUCCAUUUCAAGGUAAGUUUAUAGCGCUCAGUAUUAAGUUGAACACAAUGCAGUUUAAAGUAACAAAAGAGUGGUUUUUUUCAGAGCUUCAAUAUUAUCAUAAAUGAGUUUAUUGGAUUAAGGUACUGACAGUUUUGAAAGGUUGAAACCUGCAAAAAUUAUUUUUUAGAAAAAUUUAUUUUCAAGGUUUUUCUAUGCACUUGGUUCUUUCUUUAAAAAUUGCCGGAUUGCCUUUUUCGAGGUUUUUUACCUACCAUCAAUAACUUGGCCGAAUUUCUGAGUAUCCUAAGUCUUUAGUAACAUUGCCUUUCUAAAGACAUCUGCUUAUUGUUCACGUCAUCCGAGUAUAUCAGAAACUUGUUCUUUUUUCCAUGCCAUGGCGGAAGUUCUUUUUAGACGCAGCAAGGAAUAAAAAACUUGGGUUCGGAGCGAGCUGAACAACUAGCCGGAAGUGACCCAGAUUACUCAAUCCGAGACCUUUUCAACUCUAUCGAAAAAGGCGAGUACCCCGUUUGGAAGCUCUUCAUCCAAGUGAGACUGUAUACCUCAACUGAAUAGCCGGGACGAAUCUCUCAGGUGAUGACAUUCGAACAAGCAGAGAAGUGGGAAUUCAAUCCAUUCGACUUGACGAAAGUCUGGCCACAUGGCGAUUAUCCGCUCAUCGAAGUAGGAAAGAUGGUGCUCAACCGCAAUCCACGCAACUAUUUUGCCGAGGUUUUCCUCUUUGCCAGACCGGACGAGACUUAGUGUUGAGGUGGAACAAGCGGCGUUCUGUCCGGCGCACGUCGUCCCAGGAAUCGAGUUCUCGCCGGACAAGAUGCUCCAAGGACGACUCUUCUCCUACACCGACACCCACUUCCAUCGUCUCGGGCCAAACUACAUACAGCUGCCUGUCAACUGUCCUUUCCGCUCUCGGGCUCAUAACACUCAGCGCGACGGCCUCAUGGCCUACGAAAACCAUGGCGGAACUCCGAACUACCAUCCUAACAGCUUCAACGGACCUCGCGAGCACAAAGGUGUCAAAGACACCGUAUUCAGCGUGUCAGGUGACGUCGAUCGCUUCGAGACCGCCGAUGACAACAAUUACGACCAGCCUCGCGCCUUUUGGCUGAAGGUUCUCAAUUUUUCUUUCCAAUUUGAUGGAAUGGACUUACAGGUUCUGGACGCAGGUCAUCGGGAAAGAUUGUGCCAAAACUUCGCGGCUCCUCUCAGUGCGUGCUACGAUUUCAUCCAGGAUGGUAUGGUUGAGCACUUCAAGAAGGUUUUUCCCAAUUAGUUUUUUUGUAACUUUUGAGAUUUCAGGUUCAUCCAGAUUUCGGCAAGAGAAUUCGAGAGCUACUCGAUGAGCACAAGGUUAAGGCCCAGAGAGCUCACAUUUGA